UCAAACAUGGCGGUCGUGUUGUUUAUCAUUCUCGGUGUUGGCCUCAUUCAAGGCGCUUUUAUUCUCAGUACAAUGCAGUCUAUGUUCCCUAAAGGCCACAGAAAGAACUUUAUACAAAAAUGCAUCGGCAAAUUCCAAGUUUUGCCAUUAAUUUYGAUGCAAGUCGUGGAAAUUUGGCUUUUUGUGAUGGUAUUUUUGCCAGCUGAUGUCCCUUCGCCACUUAGCUCUGCACAAGGAUGGACUUUGAUAAUAAUCGCAUUUUAUUUAUGGAUCAACAUGGUGUUUAACUACUUAGCGGCAAUGAUAAAGUCCCCAGGAUACCCACCAACUCGUAAAGAAAUCGAAGAAGACUACGAUCMAGAAGCUUUGCAAGAGGAAUUUUGCUCGAAAUGCAGUCGUCUUAGAAACCAAGGAACUCAUCACUGUAGCACGUGCGAUACUUGCGUGACGCUCAUGUCACACCACUGUCCCUUUACAAAUAAUUGCAUMGGACAGAACAACUAYAUWUAUUUUUAUCUAUUCUUGGUUUAUUGCACUGUUGGUUUGAUAUUUUCUGCGUAUUGUACUUACAGUGCUUUUGAUGCAUGCAUGAUGUCSAACAGUGAAGCUAGAAUGCUAAAAUACMCAAAUKUAUACACAGCUAAAUCAUGUGCAGACUUAGGAGACUACCCAGUGCUGUUCAUAGUUGCUGUCCUCUUGCUUAUAUUCAUGGUGCUAGUCCUAUUUCACCAUACAUUGUUAUUGCUAGCAGACCUUUCAAUGAUUGACUUUCUUAGGAUAUUCCAAAGGGAGCCCACAAGCAGUGCACUCAAAGUCUUAUGGCAUAGAGUAAUAUUUAGAAAAAAGUACUUAUUAAGAGUUCUUUUAUUGAACCAGAAAAAAAGUAUUUGGAGGUUCCUAGURCCAUCUAUAAGUUUUGAUAGAAACCUGCAAGAAGAGUGGGACAAAGAGCUCCCUGUUUAGKUUUAGAAAUGUGCUUUAUAUAUUCUGUAUAUUUACAUGUAAUGACAUUAAAGCUAGAAU